AUGGAAGAGAAACUAAAAGGAAAAAUACAACUACUAAGUCUUACAAUAAGCGAAACAAAUGGCGUUCUCGACAAGGGUAUUCCUGAGAAAAUCGAAAGGCAUAAAGAUGCUUUAAGCAAGGUCAUAGCGUCGAUCGAAGAGUCAAAACGAGAGGUCGAACAGAGCAAACUCGAGAAAGGCGAAUUACUUGAAGACGUAGAAGCUUGGGGCCAUGAAAUUGAAGAAAAAAUCGAUGAAGGCGACACUGAAAUAACACGCUUGCGAGAAUAUUUAGAUGAUGUGGCGUCGAAAGCAGAGCAAUAUAAAUGGCGAAAACAAGAGGAAUUCGCGGCUAAACAAUACGAGGACCAACUGAGAUAUGACAAAGCGCUCUUUGAGCAGAAAAUCGAACUUGAAAAAACGAUAAAACAUACAACAACAACGAAAGCGGCGAAAUCAGAGCGAGUAAGAUUACCAAAACUUGAGAUUACGAAAUUUGACGGGGCACUUGAGAACUGGUUACCGUUCUGGAAUAAAUUCGAAGCGGAAAUUGACUCCUCGGACAUGGUAGCUGUGACAAAGUUCGCGUAUUUAAAGGAACUCUUGGAACCCAAAGUUCGUCAAGGUAUCGACGGUUUACAAUUUACCACCGAAGGCUACGAAAGAGCCAAGAACAUCUUGAAGACAGAGUACGGGAAGGUUAGUGAAAUCGUAAGUACGUAUAUCGAAAAUAUUAUGGCUCUACCAGUCGUUGUGGGUUCUCAGCUUUUAAAGGUGCAUGAAUUUUAUCACAAACUAGCAUAUAACGUACAGUCUUGGGGAAAGUUUGGGGAAGUUAAACGAGUGUUGGGGACUGGUGCGGAGCGUCUUAAACAAGUUGAAAGGAAUCAAGGCUGACCUAGUUAGAGGGCAAACAGAAUGGCAAACGUGGGGGUUCCCGGAGUUAGUUAAAGCUUUACAAAUCUGGAAAGAUAUCCACCCUAUCCCAUUGAAUGAAUCCCCGCCUCCCAUUAAGCCCCCAGGAUUGCGCAAGAGUUUCCACGUACAACAAAGUGGGUCACACCAAAGAGGUUGUGUGUAUUGUGAUGAUAAUUCUCAUAAGUCAUUCGAGUGUAAGGAAUGUGUGUCGAUCGAAGACCGGAAACGGAAGUUAAGAGAUAAAGGUCUGUGUUUUAACUGCACUGGGAACAAUCAUCGCGCAGCCCAGUGCCGAAGUCGAACGAACUGUCUUAACUGUAAACAGAAACAUCACACCUCGAUAUGUGAUAAAGUUAUCGGUGAACAGAAAGCAAUGACAGCAUCAACCGAAGGCGAGAAAGUAUGUCAUCCAGUCGUAGUGGUCAAUGCAAAUGGACUAAAUGUCGAGCACUAUUGGAUACCGGUGCAACGGGCUCAUACGCAUCGGCAUAUUUGUUAGAUCUACUGAAUAUUAAGCCCAAAACCACACUGAACCGACGUAUUCAAACCAUCAUGGGAAUCGAGACAAAGAAUAUCCAUGUCUACGACAAAGAAUAUCCAUGUCUACGAAUAUCCAUGUCUACGACAUCAAAGUGAGCAACCUCAAGGGCGAAUGCGAAAUUCCGGUAUGCGUGACGAGAAUUGAAAGGUCCGAACUGCUGUCGCUAGAUAACCCUGAUUAUCCAGAAAUGAUUAAGAAGUAUAACCAUCUACGUGGAGUUCGUAUGGAUGAUGUUGAUAAGAAGAGCAAACUUACACGAAAAUCAAGACGUCUGAAGCUCAACGAGCAGGGGCUAUGGGGGAGCCGGUAGCCGAACAUACCAAAUUUGGAUGGACAAUAAUGUCGACAGGAAAAGAAGUAAACAUGGAAAGUAUGUUCUUGACUCAGACCACCACCAGCGAUUACGAAAACCUUUGCAGAAUGGAUGUUCUUGGGUUGGAAGACAGUCCUUUUGGUGACCAAAGUAUGGUACAUUCCGAGUUCCUUGAACAACUAGAGCGCAGCCCAGAAGGUUGGUACCAAACUCACCUUCCAUGGAAGGGAAACCACCCUCCGCUUCCAUCGAAUGAACAAGUAAGCCUGAGACGACUGAAAACGCUUACACAACGCCUUAAGAAGAACGAAAUGCUGGAUGAAUACGACGCUAUCAUUCAAGAUCAGCUCAGAGAUGGAAUUGUAGAGAAAGCGGACAUGGCUCCCAUCGGAAGAGAGUUUUAUAUUCCCCACAAGGCGGUAGUCAGAGAGAACGCUGCUUCCGCCAAAACACGCAUUGUCUACGACGCCUCGGCUAGAGCUAAUGAAUCAUCACCAUCCCUAAAUGACUGCCUGGAAGUAGGUCCUCCGCUACAGAACCAACUGUGGAGCGUUUUGGUGCGAGGAAGAUUUCAUACCAUCGCACUCACAGCAGAUAUGCAAAAGGCUUUCCUCCAGGUGAGAAUCCAUCCUGACGACCGAGAUGCGUUGCGUUUCCACUGGCUAGAAAACAAAGAUCCACUGCGAGUCUGCACGUUACGUUUCACCAGAGCAUUAUUUGGUCUUGGACCUUCGCCGUUCCUCCUUGGGGGAGUAAUACAGCACCAUUUGAACUUAGCACGAACCGAGCAACCAAAACAAGUUGAAGAGAUCGAGCGCAGUCUUUACGUGGAUGAUAUCCUGUCCGGCGGACAAACGGUCGAAGAAGUGAAAGAGCUAAAGAGUGCUACAAGCUAAACAAGUGGAAUUCUAACGUUAAAUCCUUAGAGGAAGAGAUUCCAGAUCAAGAAGCAAGCCUUAGUCACGCUAAAGAACAACUCGGUGUAAAAAGCGGUGAAACAACUUUACUUGGACUGAAAUGGAACAAAGAGAAAGACACAAUCGGAGUUACGUUUCCAGAGAACGAGAGCACACCAACGAAACGAGGAAUUCUCAGUAAAGUAGCUAAGAUAUAUGACCCUCUCGGACUUGUCUCGCCAAUUAUCCUUGGAGGAAAACUUCUUUAUCGUGAGGCAUGUAACGAAAAAUGUCCGUGGGAUGCUACCUUGCCUAAACAUCUGGUUAAGAAAUGGCUGAAAUGGCCGAAAGCCAACUUCCGUGUCCUGUAGAAAUACCGAGAGCGCUACCUCAAAGUGAAGAGCCCAUAAACGAAGUCUCACUACACAGUUUUGGAGACACCAGUGGUAAAGGAGUAGCAGCUGUUGUCUAUGCCGUUGUUGCUCAACCAACGAAGACGUAUCAAGGAUUAGUGGCCUCCAAAGCGCGGUUGGCUAAAGCAGGACUAACUAUUCCAAGACUAGAGUUAGUAGCGGGCCACAUGGCCGUUAACUUGGCUAUCAACGUUGAAACAGCAUUGCAAGGGUUUCCCAUCACCAAUCUCGACAGCAGCGUGGCACUCUACUGGAUUCUCGGCGGCGGAGAAUUAAAGCAGUUUGUCGGGAAUCGCGUAAGGAAGAUCUGUGAGCAUCAGCAUGUAAAGUGGCGACACGUCCCGACCGAUCAGAAUCCAGCGGACGUUGCCAGCAGAAGCGGGAUCGUCGACGAAGAAUACCGUCUUUGGUGUCAUGGCCCGGAUUGGUUGUCAGAUCCUGGAAAGUGGCCCAAAGACAUCGUUACUGCGCCGAGUGUUGAGUCGGAGAAGGAAUCGAAGCUGAUAAAACAGAUCGUGAACGUGGCAGUCGAACACCAAACCGACGACCUUGAUGACCUUCUUACGAAAACCACCUUGUGGAGAACCCUGAAAGUGUGCGCAUGGCUGAUGAGAUUCGUUCGAAAUGCAAGAAAUCCCAAAACGAGCAGAACAGUUGGACCAAUCACAGCGCGGGAGAUUGAAGAGCAGAGACAAUUCUGGGUACGGAGAGUCCAGAACAACUAUCUGGAACGAGUGGAAGAAUCGAAGAUCGUUUGAAGCUGAACUUACAAACAAAUAAAGACGAAGAACUAGAGAAAGUAUUGAUCGAUGUUGAGGUAGCCUUGAAUGGACGACCACUUUGCUAUGUUGAAGAAGAUAUUCAGCAACCUGUACUAACUCCGAACUCGAUGCUGUUUAGUCAAACCAAUCAACUACCGGAGCUGAAACACCACCACUUGGAAGAUCAGAGUUUGAGAAAGAGAGCGAAGUAUUUAACCAAAUGUAAGGAAGCAAUGUGGUUGCGUUGGACGAAAGAAUACAUUCGUGGAUUGAGGGAACGACAUUGCGUGAACAAAACUGACGGCUCAAAAGAUUGUGGUCUAAAAGUAGGCGAAGUUGUUAUAAUUCGUGGUGAUGAGAAGAACCGAAACCUAUCAAAAUUGGGAAUAGUACAAGAGUUUAUCAAAGGAAAAGAUGGAAUCGUUAGAGGAGCUAAGUUGAGAGCUGGGAAAAGUUAUUUGGAGCGUCCUGUGCAACACUUGUAUCCACUAGAACUGUCAUGUGACAAACCUAUCGAACUCGAACGUGAAAAAAGUGACUUGAAUCCUGAAGCAUCGGUGUAG